CCUGGACCUAGGGCCAGAGGGGCGUGACGAACCCACCGACCAGCCCCAAGCGACCAGCACCGUAUCUUCCACCGUGAUCAGCGGCACGACCGUCCCGAGAGUCAUGGCUACGCUCGUCGACGCCUUGGCUAGGGCCACCAUGCCUGAAGUUGGUGGGCACAACCUGGCGGAGGCAAGCCACCACGUGGGCGCCUCGGGCAAUGGGGAGGUAUACGUUGUCACCACAAGCGACGGUGGAGGGUCGGAGAUCACCACCAGCAGCCACAGAGGACAUGAAGCCACCACCAGCAACAAUGUCCUGGGCAGAACCACGGGCACUGGAGAAGUGAUCAUGGUGGGAGACCCUCACUACAAGUGGCUGGCGUGGAGCAAGUGGUAUUGCAAUUGUAAGAUGGGCAGCAUGUCCCGGGUGCGGGACAUCACCUACACGGUGCCUGGCCUGCAGCUGAACCCAGACGACUACAACGCCAUGCGCUUCCAGCGCACAGCCUGCAGCUACCGCCACUGCAAGUGCAGCCGCAAGCACCACGAGUGCGACCACGCCACAGUGAUCUGCGAUGCCCCCAGCCCCUACCUAUGUGCUGUCAGGGACAUCCGGCGAGCCCGGUAUUUCCAGGCGCAGCACUUCUGGAGACGGGUGCGGACGGAACUCAGAGGGCUAUGGAAGAGCAUCAAAAAGGCCUUCUCCCAGCUCAAGGAGGAGCACAGUUGAAGAUGAACUCCAUAUUCAAGGUGAACCAGCUUGUUUCCAUUAUCAGCAAUUGGCAGUAGCAUCACUAGUGCCGCCAACGAAAUUUAUAGUAAAUGCUCUUUACAAAUCUGUCUCUGCUCCUGUGCUUUUUAAGG